AUGGCUUCUUCCAAAAAGCCCGGAAAGGAGGCGGGAGUAGAUUCAGGUUUCCACCAAUCGAAGAAGGCAUCCAUUCAUAAAAUAGUGUGGGCCGUUCCGAGAACGCGUGGGCAUGAGGUGUUUUAUAAUACUCUCUCUAAGAAUAAAACUUGCCGAAUGGAGGACCAAUAAACCACUUAGAAUUCAGGUUGCUAUAAUCUGUAUCCAAUCAAAUUUCCCACCAGAGCAGGUCCAGCCCUCCCCACUACGCAUAGCAAAGAGAAUAAAUGAGAACUACCUUCUGAGAUUGACACCCACAAUCACCAAUAAGAGAGGAGCUUCAUUUGAUUGACAUUAUCUUUACCCAAUGGGUGUGGAAGGUGGGCCUGUUGGAAGGCUAAAGAGUAGGUGGGGGGCGUGCACGCGAAUCUGUGAAGACUGUUAAAGAGUUGUGCGAUGCCACAACCUCCGCUUCCAGAGGUUCCUUGCGCUGUAAGGUAAUUCAGUCCAUUUCAAGGCACACUCCCACACCGGCCCUUGACUGCCAUGCGGCCGUUCGACGUCGAAGCACCGGUGUUCUGGGUCGGUGCUGUGACCCUGGCUCUGCUGUUCGUGUGGCUCCUCUGGAUAGUGCUGGCAGGGCUCCGGGUCUGGGUGCUGGGCAACGGCCGCCUCGUCUCCACCAGGCUCGGCAAGUGGGCAGUGGUGACAGGAGCCACAGAUGGAAUCGGGAAAGCCUAUGCAGAGGAGCUUGCCCGCCGGGGCUUCGCCGUCAUGCUCAUCAGCCGGUCCCAGGAGAAGCUGGAUGACGUCUCCAGAUCCCUAGAGAGCCAGUACAAAGUGGAGACACGAACCAUCGCUGUGGAUUUUGCCUCUGCAGACAUUUAUCCCACCAUCGAGAAGGGAUUGGCUGGCCUAGAAAUCGGCAUCCUGGUGAACAACGUUGGAAUUUCAUACCCCUAUCCAGAGUACUUCCUCAACAUCCCCAAUCUAAACAAUUUCGUCAACACAGUGAUCAAUGUCAACAUCACAUCUGUUUGUCAGAUGACACGGUUGGUGCUCCCGAAGAUGGUCGAGAGAUCCAAAGGUGUAAUCCUGAACAUCUCAUCUGCUAGCGGAAUGUAUCCUGUCCCUCUGCUCACCAUAUACUCGGCCACUAAGGCAUUUGUUGACUACUUCUCACGAGGAGUUCAUGCAGAGUACAAGAGCAAAGGCAUCAUCGUUCAGAGCGUGUUGCCUUUCUUUGUGGCCACUAAGAUGACAAAGAUCAGGAAGCCCACGCUGGACAAGCCCACCCCAGAGCGCUAUGUUUCUGCACAGCUCAAUACCGUGGGCCUGCAAAGCCAAACCAACGGCUACUUUCCCCACGCGGUGAUGGGCUGGUUCACCACAAUCCUAGUCCCAGUGAACGUGGUCAUCUACUUCGCAAUGCAGAUGCACAAAGCACAGCGGGCUGGAUACCUGAGGAGGCGUAAGCAGUGCUAGAGCCCUUGGCCGAGGGGCCGAGAGGAGGUACUGAAGUGAGGGGACGGGGGAAAGAAGAAACCAGCUUCACCGGCCCCUCUGCCUACCGCCUCCUCCGGAACUGGCCAAGGAGCGUGUGGCGCUGAAGUCCAACAUACAGAAAGUUGUUUGAGUGCAUCUGCUCUUCAUCGCACUGUAGCUCGGGGACUCUCUCCAUCGGGGGGCUCCUGGACACCAUGGCUCCGGUCUUGUUGCGGCAAUAUCGGGGUCUUAAUGUUUUCACUGGUUUUGGGGUUAUGUGUGAGGCACAGAGUCCACUUGUGUUGCUCUGUUCUGAAAUUGGGGAAAAUGAAGUGCUUCACACACCUGCCUAAACUAAGGGUGUUGGGGGGGGGGCACAAGCGUUAUGAUUUCUCCCAAAUGAACUCUGCUGUCACUUCUGGAAGGGACUGUCCCUUUUGGAAGAGGCACAUCAACUGGAAAUCUCAAAUAACAAUGGGUAAGCGAUGCGUUGGCUGCAUUACCGUGUUCAACGUUGCACAAUGAUAUGUUUUAAAACUGGCUUCUUGAUCACAAGCAUCUCUGAAAUUUUAAAUGGAACUGCUGUUACCAGCAAUGUUGGCUUUGCUGCCAGUUUGUCUUUUUUUUGUGAUAUUUAAAGUAAUUUUGUGGUGGGUUAUACUUGUGCCUUAAAGUGUUCUCUCUUUCCCCCCCCCCCCCCCCCGGUGAGUGCACUGCUUUAAUGGGGCAACCAAUACAAUGACUGGUGCUUUUUUGUGGAACCAUACGACUGUAACUGAUGCAGCUGCCAUCGUGAGUACUUUGAGUAAACUGUGUACCAUAGUGUGCCUGUGAGGAGCGUUCAUGCUCUGAGGGACUGGUGCGAUGCAGGAUUGUGCCCCGUGUGUACUGUACUACAUCCUGCCCUCGAGCCUCGUUUGCCACAUCCCUCCAUGAAUUAUAAGCCAUGUGUGGCGGAAAGGCAGGAAAGCUCUACGGCGGAACACCACCCGAGCGGAGUCUCUCCGUCUGUGGCAAAGGGGAACCUGAGCACAGCUCUCAAUAAAACUGCAUCCAGGAGAAAA